AUGAUUUUUGUCGAUGACAUUGCACUGAUUGCAAGAUCGACAGAGGAGCUAAACCGUAGGUUGGAGAAAUGGAGAGAAGCCCUUGAAGACAAUGGUUUGUGUGUGAGCCGAGAGAAGACUGAAUACCUACGAUGUGACUUCGAUAAACAGGGGAUAAGUCAAAAUGGGGAUGAGGUUAUUCGCAUUGGGGAGCGGAUAUUGGGUCCGAAGGCGUCUUUUAGGUACCUGGGAUCGGUGAUACACAAAUCGGGUGGGAUCGGUGAUACACAAAUCGGGGGGGAUAGACGAAGACGUGACACAUCGAAUCCAAGCUGGAUGGAUGCGGUGGAGGGCAGCUUCUGGAGUCAUGUGCGACAAGCGGAUCCCGCUAAAACUGAAAGGGAAGUUCUACAGAGUCGCUAUUAG